UCUAACCUCCCAAAUCUAACGGCACGAAACCUUCUCACGACAUAGGGAGAGACAGAGGAGAGAGAGACAAAACCAACAAAAGAGAAGAAGAAGAAGAAACAAGCAAAGAUAAAAUUUUUGAUCGAAAAAAUUCUCUGCAUCACCAUAAUCACGAAUCCCAUCUAUCUAUCUAUGUAUCUAUCUAUUUAUCUAUUCUAUCGCCUAAACCUAUCCUGAUAUAGAAUUCGCUUAUUUGUUCCUCUUUUUUGUGUUAUUUUGUUAUUAAAUUAAAAUCUGUUCUGCUAAUUGCAGAGAGGGGAAGAGGGAAGGGUGGGAAUUCAACGGUCUAAUUUUUUGAUUUUUUUUCUUUUGGUAUUUUUUGUGGUGGUGUGAUGGGUUUGGGAAACAGUGAUAAUGAUGUGGUUGUUGAUGAUGGAGAUGGUGGAGAUGUGGGCGGUGGUGGUGGAGGAGGAGGAUGCGGGAAGUCGUUUGGCUCGGUUUCGUGUUCGAUUUGCCUUGAGGUGGUCACCGAUAACGGGGAUCGAUCGUGGGCCAAGCUUCAAUGUGGACACCAAUUCCAUUUGGAUUGCAUUGGUUCAGCAUUUAAUAUAAAGGGUGCUAUGCAAUGCCCUAAUUGUUCCUAUGACUUUCUCCGAGACUUUAAGCCUUCUAGAUGGCAUCAUGGUGCAAUGAAGAAGUUUGCUAAAAUGGGUUUGCAGUCCUUCGGAGUUCAUUGGUGUCCUUUUGGCAGUUUGGCACGACUCCCAUCAUCUUUCGAGGAAGGUGAAUUUUCAUCAAAUGCAUAUCAUGAUCUACUGGGACAACAUGCUAUCUUUGCAGAACAUACAGCAGCUGUUUCUUCAGCUAGUCAUCCAUGCCCAUAUAUAGCUUAUUUUGGUCCAAUUCAUCCAUCAUCUUCCAACUCCAGUGGAAGUGUUUCGGAUGGUUCAAAUUUUAAUAAUCACUGGAAUGGUCCUUCAUUACCUAAUGAAAUGCCUAAUUCCUAUGCAUUUCCUGCAAUGGAUCUCCAGUAUCAUGGUUGGGAGCACCAUUCUCCUCCCUUCUCUACAACCAACAGUCGGAUAGGGAAUGCUGAUCAGCCUUCAAUUCCUUCUGUUACUCAAAGGCCAGCUAGAAGCAGUUCUGAUCUUCCAAGAUCAGGAUCAUUCAUGCAUCCAUUCCUUGUUGGCCACAGUUCUACUGCCAGAGCUGGGAGCUCAGUUAAUUCGUCUAUGAUUCCACCCUACCAAGGGAGUAAUGCACGGGCUCGUGAUAGAGUGCAAGCCCUUCAAGCAUACUAUCAACAACAGCCCGGCAAUUCUCCAGCAAUUCGCACACCCAUUAUUUCUGGAGCCCGAAGGUCCAGCAGUCACAGAGGCUUGUCUCAAGUGGGAACUGUGGCAUCAUCGUCCGACCAGACCGGGUUCUAUUUCGUCCCACCCGGUACAUCGGGCCGGAACUACCAAGAAGUGGAAAAUCCUCCACAAACCCGAUUUCGUGCAUGGGAAAGAGAACACUUGCCUUCAUUCUCAUUAAGUCAGGUGGAUAGAGAAUCAAGUUGGGGUGCAUUUCAUCAGGCAGCCAGUGGGUCAGAUGCUGCAAUCAGAUCGAGCAGCUUUCGGCAAAGGCAUGGAUCCGAAAGAAUGUCAUCCCAAAAUCGGUCAUAGCUUUGUUGAUUAUCCUUUUGGGUAAAGCAAACUACCACUACUGAAACCAAAGUUAUGUAUGCUUGAAAAACGAUAUAAAAUGCUUGGAGUCUCGGUCUAUCAAGACAAGACUCAAAAAACUGUGGGGUGGCCCUGAAAAAAACGAUCUUUUGAGCAGCCACCUGGCUGUGUGAUGGACUUUGGCAUCCUCUAGUUUCUUUGCCUUUGAGGAUAUAAAAUAACAUUUUACCUGUUGGAUAGUAAUA